GAUCGGUUCUAGCCGUUGCUGCUGUACCCGCGCUCGGCUCUUGCGUGUCUUUCCGUUAGGACUGAGAGGACGGACAGAAAGUCGCAGUCACCUUGCUGAGUAUCCAGGCCAGAACGAGACCGUCAGCUACUCGCUCCAAAUAUGUAGAACAGCACAGGCUUCUCUUUCUGUGGAAGCCACACGGGCGCCCUGUCAGGAGUUGUAGUACCAAGAUUCUGGUUCUUCUUGCGCGACUUGAGAGAGAAGCAGGAAGUUGUUUUUAUUUUUAGGGGCAGGCGGGCCAGGGAGGUCAGACUCUGUUCCUCUCAGUGGUCCACCUCCUCAGGGGAACGAUGGCCACAGAGUCCACAACCACUGCCGCCAUCGCCGCGGAGUUGGUUUCCGCCGACAAAAUUGAAGAAGAUGCUCCUGCUCCUUCUACUUCCUCAGAUAAAGUGGAGAGUCUGGAUGUGGAUAGCGAAGCUAAGAAAUUAUUGGGUUUAGGACAGAAACAUCUGGUGAUGGGCGAUAUUCCAGCAGCUGUCAAUGCAUUUCAGGAAGCAGCUAGUCUUUUAGGAAAGAAGUACGGAGAGACAGCUAAUGAGUGUGGAGAAGCUUUUUUUUUCUAUGGGAAAUCACUUUUGGAAUUAGCAAGAAUGGAGAAUGGUGUGUUGGGAAAUGCCUUGGAAGGUGUGCAUGUGGAAGAGGAAGAAGGGGAAAAAACUGAAGAGGAAUCUCUGGUAGAAAAUAAUGAUAAUGUAGAUGAGGAAGCAAGGGAAGAGUUGAGAGAACAGGUUUAUGACGCCAUGGGAGAGAAAGAAGAAUCCAAAAAAACAGAAGGCAUGUCUCUGUCAAAGCCUGAAACUGCUAAAGAACAGGAGAGUGAAAUGGAGAAGGGUGGAAGAGAAGAUAUGGAUAUAAGUGAGCCUACAGAGGAGCUCCCAGAAAAAGUUGCCUUGACUCCAGAUCAGUUAACUGAAACCUCUGAAGAGGCAGAAGGAGCAGCAGCACCAGAAGGACUGAAUGAAGCUGAGGUCACUUCUGGGAAAUCAGAACAGGAAGCAGCAGAUGCUGAGAAAGGAAAAUCAGUUUCUGGAACUGACGUCCAAGAAGAGCACAAAGAACAAGUUGAGGAGAAGCAGGGAGAGGUGAUUGUGAGAAUAGAGAAGCCAACAGAAGCUUCUGAAGAGCAGCCUGGUACAACUCUAGGAAAGGAUAACACGGCAGUGGAGGUAGAAGCAGAGCCUGUAGACGCAACAGCCAAGCCAGUGGAUGUGGGUGGGCAUGAACCAAAGGAGCAGAUGGCUACCUCUGGAAAUGAGCCAGGAAAGGCUGUUCUCAAUGAGCAGUUGGUAGGGCAAGAUGUGCCUCCUGUGGAAGAGUCACCAAUGGUGACAACGGAGGCUGCAGAGGUGGGAUCAGAAGUGUCUGAGAAGUCUGAGCAGGAGGCCACAGUUGUCUCCAAUGAUGGUGCAGUUAAUGGACUGUCAGCUGCAGGAGAUCAGGCUUCUGUUGACCCACAGCCUUCUGCAGAAAGAGUGACAGAAACAAAAGGUGGCUCAGAACUAGAGGAGGUCAGGGCAGAACUGGCUCCUAGCCAGGAGGCUAAGCUGCCCAUUGAAGAAUCUGAGGGAGCUGGUGAUGGGGUUGAGACCAAGGUAGCCCAAGGGGUUACUGAGAAAUCACCUGAAGACAAAGUUAAGAUAGCUGCUAAUGAAGAGACACAAGAGAGAGAAGAACAGAUGAAAGAGGGUGAAGAAACUGAAGGCUCAGAAGAGGAGGAUAAAGAAAAUGACAAGGCUGAAGAAGAAACACCAAAUGAUUCAGUUCUUGAGAAUAAAUCUCUUCCAGAAAAUGAAGAGGAAGAGAUUGGGAACUUAGAACUUGCCUGGGAUAUGCUGGACUUAGCAAAGAUCAUUUUUAAAAGGCAAGAAACAAAAGAAGCCCAACUUUAUGCUGCACAGGCACAUCUUAAACUUGGAGAAGUUAGUGUUGAAUCUGAGAAUUAUAUCCAAGCUGUAGAAGAGUUCCAGGCUUGCCUGAGCCUGCAAGAGCAGUAUCUGGAAGCCCAUGACCGGCUCCUUGCAGAGACCCACUACCAGCUGGGGUUGGCUUAUGGAUACAACUCUCAGUAUGAUGAGGCAGUGGCACAGUUCAGCAAAUCUAUUGAAGUCAUUGAGAAGAGAAUGGCUGUGCUCAAUGAGCAGAUGAAGGAGGCUGAAGGAUCAUCUACUGAAUAUGAGAAAGAGAUUGAGGAGCUGAAAGAAUUGCUACCUGAAAUCAGAGAGAAGAUAGAAGAUGCAAAAGAAUCCCAGCGUAGUGGGAAUGUAGCUGAAUUAGCUCUGAAAGCUACUCUGGUGGGGAGCUCGACUUCAGGUUUCACUCCUAGUGGAGGCGGCUCUUCAGUCUCCACGGUGGGUAUUCAGAUUGCCAGUAGAAAGCCAGCAGAUGGUGCUUCUUCAUCAAAUUGUGUGACUGAUAUUUCCCACCUUGUCAGAAAGAAGAGGAAACCAGAGGAAGAGAGCCCCCGUAAAGAUGAUGCAAAGAAAGCCAAACAAGAGCCGGAGGUGAAUGGAGGCAGUGGGGAUGCUGUCCCGAGUGGAAAUGAAGUUUCAGAAAACAUGGAGGAGGCUGAGAAUCAAACCGAAAGCCGAGCAGCAAUGGAGGGGACAGUGGAGGCUGGAGCUACAGUUGAAAGCACUGCGUGUUAAGAGAGGGAGCAGAGCCUUCCUAUCAAGGGAAAGUGUUUUGUAUAUAAUGUAUUUUUUCACUUUUGGGGGAUUCUUUUUGUAUAACUUCAAUAAAGAUUGUAAGCAAAGGUUGAAGUGUUGUUUUUUCCUUAAAUAUUAGCUGAAUCUGUGCCUUGGGGUACUCCAGGUUUUAUAGAGUGGCCAAAGGUACUUGUCUUUUGCCUUCUGUAUUGAUCUCUAUGUUGGAAAUUUUAACCCCAGUUCCUGUCUGACAUGUAGGUGAUGAAAGCAGUGUGGCUUGUAGGCCCAUCAUCUUCUACCGGUGCUAUAUUUUUUUCCUACCAAAUACUUGCAAGGUCUUGCAAACCUUCAGUGGUGCUGUCAUUGGAUAGGGGCUAUACAAGACCUGGUGAGGAUCUUGCUUUGGGGUGCUGAAAACGAAUGUUGGACAUUGAACCAAGCCUUGGGUGGUACCUAUACCUGUGUACCUAGUCUCCAACUAGGGCCAAGAUCCUGCCCUGGAGAAAGAACUGAAGAAUUGAGGCGGGUAUUUCCUGAGAAAAAGAGUUGAUCUCUUAAAUAUUAGAAAAUUGAACACUCUGGUGUGAAAGGAGAUUUAGGAUGAUGGUGAUGGACACUUGGGCUGUGACUGGAAGAAUCUGUGGGGAGGCUGGCUCACGCUAUAUUUGUUAUUUUCUGUAUAGAAAAGUUAAAAUAUAUCAAUACUUGGAAUUGUUACUGUCUGCAGUUUUGACUUCUCAAAUAAAGAUAUUAAAAAGCC